AGAAUUUGUACUCUCUAAUUGAUGCUUCUGUAAUUCUCUUUUGUUGCAACUUAAACCUAUUGGAGAUUUUACUUAUUGGAUGUAUGAUUUUAUUGGCGACAGAAAAAGAAGAAAAAAAUCCACCCAUUUUUGUUCAUUAUUGUAGAAACUUCAUUUAUUGGUUAAGCUUUUCUGUCAUUCUUAUUUCACUGUCAAUUAUGUCUUUUCAUUGCAAGUAAAAAGAGGUUAGGCAGUGAGAUAGGGCUGCAUACUCUCACUUCUCACCUUUUCUACCUCUCGAGUAUUUCUUUUUCUUGCAUUUCUAGCAUGGUCAGAGCUCAAGAGGUCGUCCUGGUUUUGAGUCUUGUAAUCUGCGUUUGCUCUCCUAAUGAUGCAAACCAUAUGACACUCCAGGAAAAGCAAAUUCAAAGAUGCAAGGAAUCAUGGAACUUGCUCGCAUUCAAGACUAAAACCACAUGGAAACAUGCAUAAUAUGAUUUUGAGUCGUUUUAAGUCCGAUUUGUGUUUUAUUUGAGUUUCUGUUUUGGUUCAGUUUUAUAAAGUUUUCAAGAUUAGGGGUAUUAUCGUAAUUUGAAGAAUUUAUAGAUGUGGGUUGGCGGGUUGCCCAUGGGUCAUCUUGUGGGUCAAGUUAUUUAAUUACUUUUAUUUAUAGGUCUUAAAUAAAUUUUAGAAGUCAAAAGUAUUUUACUAGUUUCCUUUUUUAAUUGUAGUUGGUUUAGGAAGUCUGCUAGUUCUAUAUAAAGUCAUGUAAUACUUCUUAUUUAAUAGAGAUGAUAUUUUAUAGAAUUUUCAGAACUUUGAAGCUUCUUUAGGUUUGUGUGAUGUAACCCUAACCCAAGGUGUGAUGCCUAAGGCCUCUAGGAAUGGAGUGAUUCCUAGAACUAUCUCCUUCUUUCCCUUUUUUUCUUUCUUAAAUUUCAGCAUUUUCACAGCCCCAGACCAGCCCUUAACAAUGCUGUCCUGCAUUAGCAUUACCUAGUCUCCCAGUUAUCAGGCACUAUUCAGUUGGGUCUGUUGGCCUCUUCACAUGGGAGAUGGGGUUGCAUGUGAGAGGGUUGUGUGAUAACUUAAUUAACAUUGCUUGGUCCAUUUCCUAACACCUUAAGCCUUUAUGACAAUUGGUGACUUAAUAUGGUACUGAACUUGAAGGAAUUAAUUUACUUAAAUUUCACCAUAGCAAACAUUUUCAUACGAAAGAUUUAGGCUGAUUGAGGUAUUUAUUGGGAAUUGAGGUAGCAAGGUCAAAUGUUGGAAUUUCACCAUCACAUCGGAAAUAUGCAAUUGAUCUUCUUUGAGGAAAAAGUAUGAUGGGGAUUAGAUCAACUGAUACUCCUAUGGAUCCCAACGUAAAACUUGAUAGAGAUGAAGGCAAGGUGUUUGAUGAUCCAGGAAAAUGCAGAAGAUGGUAGGAAAACUGAUAAACUUGACUGUGAUAUGACCAGAUAUGACAUUUGCUAUCAUUUGCAGUCUGUUCAUGGAAAGUCCAAAACAGCAGCAUUGGAAUGUUGUCUAAUUUUGAGGUACCUUAAAGGUGGCUCCAGGGAGAGGUUUGGUGCUCAGACCAUCCUAUUCUAUUGAUGUUGUAUGUUAUUGUCAGCCUGAUUGGGAUUGAGAUCACUUGGAUACAUGGUCUAUAGUUGGCUGCUGUACAGUUGGUGGCGGUAAUUUUGUUACAUGGAAGAGUAAGAGGCAAAAUGUUGUAGUAAGGUCAAGUGCUUAGGCAGAGUAUAGAGCAAUUGCUCAUACAUGUUAGAUGAUGUAGGUAAAAUCACUUUUAAAAGAGAUGGGUUUUAAAACUAAUGGGUCUAUGUGGUUGUUUUGUGAUGGCCAAGAUGCUCUGUAUAUUGCAAAUAAUCCACUGUUUCAGGAGAGAACAUAUCCGUCAGGGGAUUGCCAUCCAAGAUCUGGCCAUGAGGAAGAAAAUUAGAGGGUUGUAAAUAUCAACUGUUACGUAUCGGGAUUUUGGACUUUCAAUACGGUUAUUUAUCAAUAUAUUGGCCAAUACUGUUCGAUAUUAACCAAUCAACAGGAUCCAAGGAGAAUACAUCUUUCAGGCAGUCUACGCAAGCCAAUAUGUUCGAUCCAAUUUAAACAUAAUAUGUUUAAGUGCUAUUCUUUGCUGAAUCCAGGCAAAGUCUCUGAAAUUUCUUGUAUGAAGAAUGCUGCUAUUGCAUUCACAAGAUCAUAUAAUGCUUUCCAAGGUAGUCCUAUUGUACUUAAGUUGGUUUCAGCAGUAGGUAUUAUUGUUGUUGCUAUAUGGGGUCUUGGGCCACUCAUGCGUCAAGGCAGAAGCGUAUUCUUCCAUAAGAAUGAUAGUAGUUGGAAAAAGAGUGGCACGUAUUAUGUUAUGACCUCUUAUCUUCAACCUUUGUUGCUGUGGACCGGAGCAACACUGAUCUGCAGAGUGUUGGAUCCCAUGGUCCUACCUUCAGAAGCUAGCGAAAUUGUUAAGCAACGGCUCUUGAAUUUUAUAAGAUCAUUGUCAACUGUGCUGGCUCUUGCUUAUUGUUUAUCAAGCGUAAUCCAGCAAGCACAAAAAUUCUUCAUGGAGACAAAUGACACCACUGAUCCAAGAAAUAUGGGUUUUCAAUUUGCUGGCAAAGCUGUAUACACUGCAGUAUGGGUUGCUGCUGUUUCAUUGUUCAUGGAGUUGCUAGGAUUUUCUACCCAGAAAUGGCUCACUGCUGGAGGUCUUGGGACUGUAUUGCUGACACUUGCUGGUCGUGAGAUAUUCACAAAUUUCCUCUCUAGUGCAAUGAUUCAUGCAACCCGGCCUUUUGUUGUGAAUGAAUGGAUUCAAACAAAGAUUGAAGGCUAUGAAGUUUCUGGCACUGUUGAGCAUGUGGGGUGGUGGUCACCAACAAUUGUAAGAGGUGAAGAUCGUGAAGCAGUUCACAUUCCAAACCACAAGUUUACUGUUAAUGUUGUGAGAAAUCUCACUCAAAAAACUCAUUGGCGUAUUAAAACCCAUCUGGCUGUUAGUCACUUGGAUGUCAACAAGAUUAAUAACAUUGUUGCUGAUAUGCGCAAAGUGUUGGCAAAGAAUCCUCAUGUAGAACACAAGAAGUUGCAUAGAAGAGUAUUUCUGGACAAUAUUAAUCCUGAAAAUCAGGCCCUUUUGAUCUUGAUCUCUUGCUUCGUGAAGACCUCACAUUUUGAAGAAUACCUGUGUGUCAAGGAAGCUAUACUGCUGGAUCUUCUGAGAGUCAUCAGCCAUCACCGUGCUCGACUUGCCACUCCCAUUCGUACAAUUCAGAAAAUAUAUAGUGACCCUGAUUUGGAAAACAUACCAUUUUCGGAUUCAAUCUUCACUCGUGGUGGAGCAGCAGCUUCUAACCGUCCUUUGCUACUGAUUGAACCCCAUUACAAAAUCAAUGGAGAAGACAGAACAAAAACCCAAACUCGGUCAAUGCGCGCAAAUGGAGAGCAGCAAGACAGCAAGCCAGCAGUGCGGCCCACAUCCAAUGGCAAGACAGAUGCUAAAGGUGGAGGAGCUACACUAUUGUCUGACUCUAAAGCCAAAGAGACUCAUCCAUCUUCUGACUCUAGGGCGAGGGAGGUGCAAACAUCUGGUAUGAAGGCUGGAGAAAUGCAAAAUUCUGACUCCAAAGGCGACAAUACCGCAGUGGCAUCUACAUCUACAUCUACAUCUACACCUGGUCGUAAGGUAGGUGAUAAAGUGAUGGCAAAAUCAACAUCAACAUCUGCCUCUAAGACUGAUUCCAAGUUUGCAGAAGUGUCAAGUUCCAACUCGAAAGCUGUAGGCUCAACUUCCACCCAGAACAUCUCUAAUAAUAAGCAGCCUGAGAAGACAGGUUUGGGAAACACUCGACAGAGCAGUGCAGCUUCUUUUUCGCAUACUGGUGGUCAGAAACUAGGCGAUUAUCCAUCCAGCUCGCAAUCAUCAAAACAAGAAAGUGAGAGACUAACGCAAGCCCCACCAAUAUCAAGACCUCCAUUGGAAGAGAACAUAGUUCUUGGUGUUGCUUUGGAGGGCUCAAAGAGAACCCUUCCUAUUGAAGAAGGGAUGGCUCCGUCUCCGUCUCCAUCUCCAUCUCCAUCUUCCUCUCCCUCUCCCUCUCCCACUCAGGCAGAGGUAAAGGAAUUGGCUACAUGCCAAAACGGGAAUGGAUCUGUGGUUGUUGAUCAACAACUGGAUAAGAAAGAUGGUCAGCUUCCAAAUACUCCUAGUACAAUGUCCGGGGAUCAGCAGGGUUAAUCCCACUCCAUGCUCUUGAUUCUUCUUGUGCAGUUUUAUUAAAUUUUGUUGUUGGAAAACCCUAUGAAGCACAGGGCAAACCCUAUUACAUUAUUAGGCUGCUAGAUUAACGGCACAUAUAUAUAUAUAUAUAUAUUCAGUAGGUUACUCAUAAUUAUUUUCUGCAUCAACUGUAAGUGCUGUUGGUUUUUCCAUUGGCACUACUGCAGUACAUCAAAAGUGCCUUCCUGUAGUGUUGUCUUGUUCUUGUGGGAAAUUGAUUUCACUGGGGAAAUAACACCUGACAUUUAUAUUUUAUUUUUUAAAAUUUUCACCAUUAUAGAAAAGAAUUAUACAGACAGAAUUUGUUUCA